GCGUUGGGCCAUGUGGGUCGCAGAAGAAGCCCAGUUGUCACGAAAAGAGAUCUGAAUGGAGCUCACAAAAUCAUCAGCAUCAUCAUCAUCAUCAUCUCUUCCUUUAUUUCAAAAAUAUUAUAUAUACCUAUAACUAUUUUUCCUCAUCUCUCUCUCUCACUCUCUUUCUCCUCGGCAAAAAAAGAGAGAGAAAGUGCACCCUAGAUUUCCUCCUCUUAGCUCCGCAAAAAAGACGAACAAAACAACGCAAUGGCUUUCGCUUCUUUUCUCGGAAGAGUUCUCUUCGCAUCCAUUUUCAUUCUCUCUGCUUACCAAGAGUAUAACGAAUUUGGAGUUGAUGGGGGACCUUCUGCAAAAGCACUUAAACUAAAGAUUAAUACCUUUGCACAUCUAAUCCAUUCUCAAGUUGGAUUUCAACUUCCAGAGAUUGAUAUUAAACUUGUAAUUGCUGGGGCUAUUGCUCUGAAGGGCCUCGGAGGGGUUCUAUUCAUAUUCGGAAGCUCCUUCGGUGCCUUGUUACUGCUUCUACAUCAGUUGAUUGCUACUCCAAUUCGUUACGAUUUUUACAAUUAUGACAGCGAGGACAAAGAAUUUACUCAACUUUUCAUCAAAUUUACCCAGAACAUGGCUCUUUUUGGCGCUCUAUUGUUUUUCAUCGGGAUGAAAAACUCCAUUCCUAGAAGGCAACCAAAGAAGGCUCCAAAAACAAAAACCUAUUAGAUGCAGCAUCGGAGGACCCCUCUUCAAAGAGUGUCUCAGAUUCUUUCCUGGUUCUUCACUAUAUCUGUUCUUCAAGCGCCAGGUUUUGGCUUGGUACUUUGGUUUAGAAUUGAUCUCUCUCUGUUUGAGUUUUGUAAUUUUGUCUUCACUCUCAGAUUAAACUAUUGGCUAGUAAGUAUUACUGUUAUUUAUUUAUUUUUGUAUGAAUUGUUAGCACGUCUUUAGGAACUAUCUUUAAAUUUCUAAACUUGUCUGUCAAGUGGAUCAGAACCUGUGCGCUUAAACUUCAGAGAGCCAAUUUCGUUACAUUCAAUCAUGAUGUAAGGCUCUCAAAGUCUGAGUCUGACAACUUGAAGUUACCAUUUAAUUUGAUUGGAGUUAGACCA